CAUGCGCAGGGAGACCAGUCCAGCAGGAGAUGGCCACUGCGUACUUCUGCCUCUCCCUGUUUUUCCUAUCCACCUGGGUGGCUCUGCUGCUGCAGCCCCUGCAGGGUGCCUGGGGGGCCCCACUGGAGCCAAUGUACCCAGGGGACUAUGCUUCACCAGAGCAGAUGGCCCAGUAUGCUACUCAGCUCCGCAGAUAUAUCAACACACAAACCAGGCCUAGGUAUGGGAAGAGAGAUGAGGGGAACACAGCUGGACUCCCUAGAAUGCAGCUUCCCCCAUGCACCAGCCCCUGGUUGGUUUGAUUCCCUGCUCGGCUACCCCGAGCUAAGGACAGGGAGCUCAGCCCAAUAGACCUGUAGUGCCCCGCCUGUGCCUGUGGAACAGCCUGGUCCA